AUGUCUGGUCCUGACACGCAGCGUGCACAAAAGCGCCGUCGCCUGGACGCAGCAUCCACGCUCUCCAAGCCAUUCAAAUCGCCUCUGCGUCGCCGAACGCCCAUUCCCUCCGCGACAGAGCCAACUACACCCGAGGCGUCUAGGCACAAGAACGAAUCACCCUCGAAUGCGGCUGCCACACCAGGUAAUUCAAAUUCACUCCUCAAAUCAUCCCUACCAGCCUCCGGCUCCCCUCUCCGCAAACGCAAGCCUGCAACCAUGACCCUUAGCACACCCGUCAUAUCCCCUCUCACAGACCCCAAAGUCCUCGAGCUACAGAAGAAACAACGGUUUCUCCAGACUCGUAUCGUAUCUCUUCGCUCUGAACUCGAUACCGUGCGCCAGGCUCUACAGCUUGAGUCCUCAGGCAAAGGCGCAGAACUGGAAGCUUUGAUCUUCAAGUGGCGUUUCAUCAGCCAGGAAGCAGCCAAUGAAGUCUUCCUUGGUGCUCGGGACCGCGUCGCGCGUAUGGGUGGUCUGGGUGUCUGGCGAGAGCGCUCGAAUGGUGGUAAUGCGCCGUGGGAUGAUUCAGGGCAGCAGAUGAAUGAGAACCAGGGUAAAGGGGAAGGUUACGAUGGAGAUAUGGAUGUGGACUCUCCGCAGAAGGGGGGUUCGGAGAAGCAGGAGUCCGUCCAGGACGAUGAAGAGUUCACAAUGGCGUUCAUGCUCCAGAUGCUCAAUGUCGAGGCUGCGACUAUUGGGUUUGAUGUGUCGGGUCAGAAGUGGAUCCGUUGA